AUGCAUGUUCAACUUUCCGCCCCCAACGGCAAGAAAUGGAUUCAGCCACUGGGUCUUUUUAUCAACAACGAAUUCGUCAAGAGCAGCAAUGGCCAGAAGUUGACUACUGUCAACGCCGCCACCGAGGAGGAUAUUACUUCGGUCUAUUCCGCCACCGAAGAUGACGUUGACAAGGCCGUCAAGGCUGCACGUGCUGCUUUUAAGCAUCCAUCAUGGAGGAACCUUUCCGGGACUGAUCGUGGCGAGCUGAUGCACAAGUUUGCCGACCUUGUUGUCAAGCAUGCCGAAAUAUUAGCCACCAUCGAGGCUCUCGAUAAUGGCAAACCCUACGCUGUCGCUCUUAGUGAAGAUGUUGUCGAGUUGGAAAAGACUAUACGAUAUUAUGCUGGUUUUGCCGACAAGAACUUUGGCCAGACCAUCGAUGUCGGCCCGUCCAAGUUUGCCUACACUAUCAAGGAGCCGCUUGGUGUCUGCGGCCAAAUCAUUCCCUGGAAUUAUCCCCUUGGCAUGGCUGCCUGGAAGCUUGGUCCUGCACUCGCCUGUGGCAACACGGUUGUGCUCAAGCUUGCCGAACAAACCCCAUUAUCGAUGCUUUACGCUGCAACCCUGAUCAAGGAGGCCGGGUUUCCGCCAGGUGUUGUCAACAUCAUCAACGGCCUUGGUGGUGAGGCUGGAGCAGCCAUUGUGCAGCACCCGGAUAUCGACAAGGUUGCCUUUACCGGAAGUACAGCCACAGGCAAGGCGAUCAUGAAAGCAUGCGCAGGAACAAUGAAGAACAUUACCCUCGAGACUGGCGGCAAGUCACCACUCCUCAUUUUUGACGACGCAGAUCUUGAACUGGCCGUUAAAUGGUCUCACAUUGGCAUCAUGAGCAACCAGGGACAAAUUUGUACCGCUACCUCUCGUAUUCUGGUGCACGAAUCUAUCCAUGACAAAUUCGUCAGCCUUUUCAAGGACACCGUCGAAAAGGUGUCAAUAGUAGGCGAUCCAUUCGACGAAAAGACCUUCCAAGGACCACAAGUCACCAAGGCACAGUACGACCGGGUCCUGAGUUAUAUAAAGUCGGCACAAGAAGAAGGUGCCACCAUUGCUACGGGUGGCAAGCCGGCUCCGCAAAACGGCAAGGGUUUCUUCGUGGCUCCUACAGUGUUUACCAAUGUCAAGACAUCUAUGAAAAUCUACAAGGAGGAGAUUUUUGGACCUUGUGUUUCUAUCGUGUCGUUCAAGGACGAGGCGGAGGCGAUCGAGUUGGCAAACGACACCACCUACGGUCUGGGUGCUGCCCUCUUCACUGGCAACAUAACCAGGGCGCACCGCGUCGCCCGCGAGAUCCAGUCGGGUAUGGUUUGGAUCAACAGCAGCAACGACUCUGACUGUCGUGUUCCUUUCGGUGGCGUCAAGCAAUCUGGUAUCGGUCGCGAAUUGGGUGAGGCCGGUCUUGCAUCUUAUUGUAACAUCAAAAGCGUACACGUGAACAUGACUGCGCAUUUGUAG